AUGACUUCGCUUCGAUCCGAUGUUCAAUAUUCUUACUUUAACGAGUUGUGGAGCUUUCCAAAAGAGCUGUGGAGUCGGUCAGCCUUUUCUGAAGUCUUCAAAACUCUCCUGGACUCUCUAGAAGUUCUUGGAUUUACUCUUAUGACUCCCUAUGCGCAAUCGUCUUAUUUUACCGAGUUGUGGAGCCCUCCAAAAGAUCUGUGUGGCCGCCAAAAGAUCCGCAGAUUCUCCAAAAGAUCUGUGGAUCCUCCAAGUGGUCUGUGGAGCCGUCCUGACUCUUCUGAAACCUUCAAAACUUUCUUGGGCUCUCCAGAAGGUCUUGGAUUUACUCUUAUGACUCUCUAUGUGCAAUGGUCUUACAUUACCGAGUUGUGGAGCUCUCCAAAAGAUCUGCGGAGCUCUCCAAGAGAUCUGUGA